UUUUGUGGAAAUACAGUUAUCACAUUUGAUACUACAGAUAUUUUUUCGAUAUAAAUUGAUGUGGAUAUCUUGGGAUAAUCAGUUUGAUGAGAAAAUGAUCGGUAAAAUUUCGGCAAUUGUUCUUCUGGCGACUUCGGUUGCGUGUGUUACUAUUGGUAAUUUGGAGCCAUGCUCAGAAUUGAGCCAAUUGAUACCUGAUCCUAAGAAUUGCAGCAGAUUCUAUGAAUGCACACUUUCUGGUUGGGUUGGAGAAGCUUGUAAUCCUGGAUUAGAAUUCAAUCCUGCCAGCCUCCAGUGUGAUUAUCCACAAAAUGUCAAAUGUGCCAACGAAACAGCCGGAAAUGUUCCAUGCACCGUAGUAGAUCAGGUGAAGCCUGACGUGAAAAAUUGUAGCAGAUUCUAUUUAUGCACCACAGACGGUUGGUGGGUUGGUGAACCUUGUAAUGCAGGCUUGUUGUUCAACCCUGAUACUCUCCAGUGCGAAUUCCCAGCUCAUGUAAAAUGUGCGACCGAACAACCAAAAGAAGUUAUGGACCUAGCACCAUGUACAAAACUGGACAAACUGAUCCCAGAUCCCAAAAACUGCAGCAGAUUUUACGAAUGCACUCAGGCUGGAUGGGUCGGACUUUUCUGUUAUCCCGGACUUUACUUCAAUCCAGUAACCUCUCGAUGUGACUAUUCUUGGAAUGUUGCAUGUGAAAAUGACGCACCUGCUGAAGUUCCAAGGGAUGUCCCAACACUUGAACCAUGCACCGUAGUAGAUCAGUUGAAGCCUGACGUGAAAAAUUGUAGCAGAUUCUAUGAAUGCACCCAAGCCGGUUGGUGGGUUGGUGAACCUUGUAUUGCAGGCUUGUUGUUCAACCCUGAUACUCUCCAGUGCGAUUACCCAGCAAAUGUAAAAUGUGCGACCGAACAACAAAAAGAAGAAAUUCUAGAACCAUCAUGUAGUUCCCAAAACUUCGACGAGUUGUUCCCCGAUCCCUCUAGCUGUGGAAGAUUUUUACAAUGUUCAGAUUUAGGGUUGAUAUCCAUGCCUUGCCCUGGUGAUUUACUGUUCAACCGAGAUUCUCUGAAGUGUGAUUACAGUUGGAAUGUCACAUGCUGAAACACUGAUUAAUCCAUCCCAAUUUGUUCAAACUAUUUAUUCCUUGAAUUUUCAAUAAAACUUAUUAUAUAAA